AUGUCGAGUGGAUUCGUCGAGGAAAGCGAAUUGGAAAGGGGAAUCAAGACCAGUCAGGUACCACCAGUCGUUGCUGAGGCAGUGAUACCCGAGCAUGGCCAAACUAGCAUCGGCAGGGAAUCGGAGGACAAAAGCGCGACAAUAUCAACAUCUGCAGUGGACGAGGAUGAUAUAGACGCGGUACACGAUACCGGCCAAAUAGGACUUGCUCGACUGAAAAGCUUUGACAGCCGCUUCGACUUUUAUCCGGCUUUCUCCACGGGUAGAUCGCUGGUAUUAGAUUCCCUCGCCGGGCAGAUAUUCCGCAUCAUGAAGAAAAUGGACGCCUACAGAAAGAAGAUUAAGGCGGAACACCAUGUCGAGCCAUGUGAUUUGGGAUGGGGGGAGCGACGCCACAAGAGGUGGGAGAAGUUGACGGUAAAGCUGUGGAAGAAGAUAAAGGAAUAUGACGCUGCGUCCAUCAACGCGAAGACAGUGAACGAGUACGAACGUCCAGGAAAAGACGCUAUUGAGAAGCUGAAGUUCUGGCUUGACAAGAAACUCAAUGCACAGCGUCACAUGUACAAUGAUCAAGACGUGGAUGACUUCCGUAUGCUUGGUCCCAAAAGAGGCCCCAUAAAGAAGCUCGUUCACGAGACACUGCCAACGUCGAGGCUUGCAAGAUUCCUUCUGCGUCCGUUCCGAGCUCGCAGUUCCAAGGCCGAGCAUUUCGAGAGUGUUGAGUACGGCGAGAAGACUUUGAACUGGAUUGGCACGGUGGCCUUCCUGCUAUGUGCGUGCGUGCUUUUCGUCAUUCCAUUAGCUCUCACGGUCUAUUUCGAGGAAAAUAUCACGGUCAAGGUCUCUUUGAUACUGGUCAUGUGUCUCUUGGUCACCAUUCUGGCUCUCGCGACGGAACAGGACGAGGGGCGUCGGCUGCUGCUUCUGUUUGCUUACGUUGCCAUCGUGUGCACGCUGCUGUCGUAG